AAUUCGGGAAAGAGCUGAACUCGAGUCCUCGGGCGCUUUCAGCCCUAACGGGGAGCCCGACUGCGGUGAGCGGAUCGGGGCCGGAAGUCCGGACGGCUCCAGAAGACAGUGUCCACGACGUCGCGAAGGGACCAAGCAGCCCGAGGAAGGCCGGCCUGCGCCGCUCCCUGCCGGAGUUUUAGUAUGAGUCCCACCAGCAAAAACAAGCUGCUCCUGGACUCUCAGCUAAAUAGUUGCCAUUCGAGGCAACUCAGUGAGCAGCUGGUGUCUCUGUAUGUUCUUUAACUGGGGUGACCAAAGACUGCCCUGGCUACAUCUCAAGACUGAAUGGAAGAAGAAGUACUGGGCCCAUCCUCUUCAGGCACAUCUGACUUCCCUGCAGCUGGCUGCGUGGGAUCUGAAUGCACCUAUUGACCUUGGCGGCAGAAAAGAGGGACAACAGACAGCAGGAAAUUAAGAACAGGUGCAGGACAAAGGGCCAGGCCAAUGCUCUCAGCUCACUCUUUCUUUGAGAAGUUCUCAGCCUGGGAGCUCUGCUGUGAAGACAUCAAACUUCCAACUGUAUCCAGGAUGCUCCAAGGCCACAGCGCUGUGUUCCAGGCCUUGCUGGGGACCUUCUUCACCUGGGGGAUGACAGCAGCUGGGGCAGCUCUCGUGUUCAUAUUCUCUAGUGGACAGAGGCGAAUCCUCGAUGGAAGCCUUGGCUUUGCUGCAGGGGUCAUGUUAGCAGCCUCUUAUUGGUCUCUCCUGGCCCCAGCAGUUGAGAUGGCCACAUCCUCAGGGGGCUUUGGUGCUUUUGCCUUCAUCCCAGUGGCUGUUGGCUUCACACUUGGGGCUGCUUUCGUCUACCUGGCCGACCUCCUGAUGCCUCACUUGGGUGCAGCAGAAGACCCCCAGAUGGCCCUGGCACUGAACCUAGACUCCACGUUGAUGAAGAAGAAGUCAGAUCCUGAGGGCCCAACGCUGCUGUUCCCUGAGAGUGAGCUCUCCAUCCGGAUAGGUAGCGCUGGGCAGCUUUCAGACAAGAGUGAGAACGGCGAGGCAUACCAGAGGAGGAAGGUGGUGGCUGGUGGUCCCCUAGAGGGUCCUGCUCCCCUGGCACCUUCUCCAGGGCACCUGGCGCAGCCCAGCAGCAGCAGCUGGAGGAGAAUCACGUUGCUCAUCUUGGCCAUCACCAUACACAACAUCCCAGAGGGUCUUGCUGUUGGAGUCGGCUUUGGGGCUGUAGAAAAGACAAUGUCAGCCACCUUCGAGAGUGCCAGGAAUUUGGCCAUUGGAAUUGGAAUCCAGAAUUUCCCAGAGGGCCUGGCUGUCAGCCUCCCUUUGCGAGGGGCUGGCUUCUCCACCUGGCGAGCUUUCUGGUACGGGCAGCUGAGCGGCAUGGUGGAGCCCCUGGCUGGGGUCCUUGGUGCCUUUGCUGUGGUGCUGGCUGAGCCCGUCCUGCCCUACGCUCUUGCCUUUGCUGCUGGCGCCAUGGUUUACGUGGUCAUGGACGACAUUAUCCCAGAAGCCCAGAUCAGUGGUAACGGGAAGCUGGCAUCCUGGGCAUCCGUCCUGGGAUUCGUGGUGAUGAUGUCACUGGAUGUGGGGCUGGGCUAGGACCGAGACCCUUCAGACCCCAGGAAAGGCAGCACCAGACUUCUCUGGGACCACAAACCUCUUUCUUCACAUUAAAACCCUGUUCCUUUUUCUCCUCUUCAUCUCAGUAUCCCCAUCUGCUCUGGUGAAAAUCUGACCCUUUUUCCUUCGUUUGUGAGGGAGACACUGGCUUUCUUUACAAUCUCAAGGUGUCAUGGAACUACAGGGUUUUGUUUUGCCCACUGAAGGAAUCUUCCUUCGGUGGGAUUGCCAAGGACAUACAGAUCAGGGGAGUCUCUCCUCUCCUCCGUCAGAUUCCCUCACAGCAACCCCUCAAGGUCACCCGCAGAAGUUCCUAGAAGAAGUCUCCUAAGCAUUUAGGCCUCAGGCUCAGAGCAGACUGGCCAGCAGCCCUUCUGCUUCUUCAGUGCAGAUCCUCUGCCCACCUAGAAUGCAGGAACCAGAGUAUUGUGAACACAGCACCCUCUUUCAGAGGCUGAGCCAGGUGGAAGAUGAAUGCUACUUCCUCUCCCUUCCCCCAGGGAGAUGGUCAGGGGAGGGGUCACACACAAAGAAUCGUCAGCCAGUCUGCUUGUCCUUUUUCUCUUAAGGCCAAAAUCUUCAUUGCUGAUGUUAAAGGGAUUCAGAAAUCAGAACAACUAUGAACACAGUGAGCCCUGUGGAAAGAGGAGUGUGGCUUUGAGCAGAGGCCUCUGUUCUCAAAAUGGGUUCCAAGAGCAGAAUAUUUGUCAUGGUUCCCAAACUCCCAGGCAUUAAUUUUUUUUUAAGCUUAUAGGUUCCAUCUUUCUAAGAGACUUGAGGAUACCAGCAAAUUGCUAGAACUCAAACUCUUCACUCACUAACGGAGGGAGCUACUGAGGUUAACUAAAGUGAAGGAAGGGCAUUCAGAGUCUACAGUGGCUCCUUCCCCACUGAGCAUUCGGCAACUUAUCACCCAGCCAAGGACCCUUGAACUGCAAUGAGCUUCGCUGGAGUCUGGCCAGAAGGCUUAGGGUGGGACAGGAAGAAAGGUAGAAGGAGGAGAGAUAUUUUUUUCAUUUCCCUUUUAAAGUAAAUUUUAGCCAAGUUAUUCUGAGAGGACCAUAAAGAAUAAUUGGACCUAGACUAGAAGCCAACCUACUCUUCAUACACACACCUUGUCCAGCCAGAGGGACAGGACCUGUCUGCUUCAACAGCUAAGAACAGCUAAGGCCUCUGUUCUUCUUGAUCAGAGGAGCCUGUGGGAUUUUGAGCGGACUCUGCCACAAAGGCAGGUAGCCCAAGAGCCAGGCAUUCAGACCUCGUGUUAUCAAUCCCUGCUCUCCGAGUUUACAUGUCCAAUUGGUUUCAAGGGUGAACCUCCUGCUCUGUGAACGCUCUAAGACCAUGAAAGCCAACCUUGUGCUGGGUCUGUGUAUGUUCUUCCAAAGCACUGAUGAUCAAAACUGAAGACACAUUCAGAGCUUUGACUGGUUGACAUUAGCUGGGUUGGUGGUUGGUGUAUGUGUAUGUUUCAUUGUUAUAUGUCUUUGUAUGUAGUUCUACAUAAUGCAAAUUGUUCUUUCUGCUGGAUAAGACCUCGUAACUGUGAUUAAUAUUAAUAAAAGGAAUAUUGUUGUGGAA